ACCAAACGUUUCAGUUCUAGCUUUGCUAUCAGGCGUUUAAAAUCUUGAAAUAAUGGAAGAUCAACUCGAUACAAACCAUGACAGCGACACGUAUCCUACAAGUUUAACCGAUCCCCAAAAUGUGAAAGAACUAUAUCAAUACACCCAAAAUCUGCUCGACAGCAUUCAGACAAAACUGCAAAACAUGUCUGAUAAGAUAGUAUCGGGAAUUGACCAGAUGGGAAACUGUAUCGACGAUUUAGAGAGAAACAUCGGCGACAUCAUGACUCAGGCCGGAGUCGAAGAAUGCGAAAAGUAAUUUAAUGUAUCGCAAUUACAAUUAAACUAUUGCCACUUC